AUGGCGAUGCUCGCGAAGACGGCGAACGAGCACUUUAAAGCGCGAUACGGCGUCGACGCGUUCGCGUUCGCGUCGAGAUGCGUGCGAAGGGUGAGGGAUGAUCUGCGAGAGGCGUUCGGCGGGCGCGGGCGGACGCGCGGGAAAGGGAAGUUCCGAGGGACGGGGCGACGCGUGGGGAAGAAGUAG